CCGGGUUUCAGCAGUGUCGCCAACACAACCAAUGUUUGACAGACGUCACCUUUAUUGUUAUUUACAAGUUGGUGUAGAUUAUUCUUUGCUAAUUUUAAGUAUUUAUUACAUAAAAAACAUGUGUUUAGUAUGGAAACAAUAAUAUUCUAAUUCGAAAUGAACGAGGAAAACGGUGUUAAUUUUAUUGAUGAAACAGUAAUAUGGUAUCUGUGCAAACAAAUAUAAGACUCAUUUCAUCCUAUACAGUAUUCUGGAAUAAUAUGAUGAAGUAAAUUUAAAAACUUAAUUUUGCGAACGUUUUCGAAGUAAUCUAAUCAAAAGGAAAGGGAUGAUGCACUCAAGGGAAAACAACAAGUCAAUGAAAAAACGAGCUGUGCGAUUUGGAAACGUGACAGAGCUGUCGUUUCCAAGGCAACAGGGCCACAGUUGUAUUCCAAGCAAAGGCGAUUUGACGUUGGGAAUGGCCAAAAGACAUUGCAGCAUUGAUCACUUCACGAUAGACGAUUACGAGAAGAAAAAGUUGCAUCGAGUCUAUCGUGAAAAAUUCAACAUAUCUAGUCAUAAUAACCAGCUCUUCUGUGAUAAGUCUUCCAUGUUCAUGCAAUCGCCGCAGUGUCUGCAGCCGAUUGGAAUCAAUGAACGUUUGUUGCUUUUAAAGGAGGCCGGAGUCGAGGAUAUCGACGACGAAGAGAAAGACGACUGCAACUUCAUAAGAAAUUCGAGAGAAAUUUGUGGCUGUGAGUGUCGCGAUUACUGCGACCCCGACGUUUGCUCGUGCAUUUUGGCCGAAAUACCUUGUCAAAUCGAACGCGCGAAUUUCCCUUGCGGCUGCACGACCGACAAUUGCAAAAACCCGAACGGCUGCAACAUCUACAACCUCACCAAAGUACAAACGCACUAUCACAGAACCAUAAAAAAACUCAAAGGCAACAAAUAAUUUUUUAUUUAGUUAUUUAUUUAUUUAUUGAUUUUUGCUGUAUCCAGGACAUUAUUUGUUUUUUUUUACUCCAAGUAAAAAAAAACAAUAUCCAUCCUGUAGAUCUACAAGUUAAAGCAUUUUUUUUUAUAUAUAAAACUUGAUUUGCGGGUUUUUAUUGAAUUGAAAAAAGGUAGGAAUUGAAAAUUUCACAUGAGGAUUAUUAGAGUGUCUAAAAAAUACCGACUAUUUUUUUUUCAAAGAACAUUAAAAAAUCGUCAGAGUAUCUCUAGAAAACCACCCUGUGAAAAUAUGAGCUCUUAAUACACUCACAGGCAAAAUAAUCAAUCCACACAAAUUUUCGAUGAGCUUCAAUCGCAAAUAACUUUUUUAUUUGAUGUCGGA